CAAUCGCCAGUAAAUAAGUUGGUUUCACAAAAUGCUGAAGUGUGGAUUCAUCGUUGUUUUCCUUGUGGCGGCAGCCUUGGGUGAAGAUUCGGUCGUCGACCGCAUCGUCGGCGGCACCAGUGUUAAAAUUGAGAACUUCGGAUGGCAAGUGUCCUUAUUCGAUCGUAAGGGUCACUUUUGCGGUGGUUCUAUAAUCAGCGACGAAUGGGUCUUGACUGCUGCACAUUGCGUAUACGAUUAUUUCUCGCCAAAGCAAUAUGGAGUGCGUGUCGGAAGCAGUUUACGCAACAAAGGUGGAGUCCUUCACAGAAUUUCCAGGGUACACAUUCACCCAGACUACGACACGGUCAGCUACGACAAUGACGUCGCACUCCUGAAAGUUGAAACCAAAUUUAAACUAAACGGCAGGAGCGUUCGCAAAGUUAAAUUGGUUGACGAAGAUCACGAGGUUGAUGAUGGUGCCCGGCUCACCGUCACUGGAUGGGGCAAAUUAAGUGAAUCAGGACCCAAGCCAGUAAAUCUACAAGGAGUAAAAGUGCCUUAUGUGGACCAAGAUACAUGCUCUGACAGCUACGUCUUUGCAGGAAAAGAUAUCACCGAAAACAUGUUGUGUGCCGGAGUUAGAAGAGGUGGCAAGGACUCCUGCCAGGGUGACAGCGGUGGUCCACUUGUGGACGAAAACAAAAAUCUGGUCGGAGUCGUCUCUUGGGGAAAUGGUUGUGCCAGACCAAACAUGCCAGGAGUAUACGCUAAAGUUGCUGCUUCUAGCAUUAGAGAGUUCAUUCGCAAAAAAACUGGUCUUUAAUUUCCUUAUAUGAACAAAUGUUCCACCAAAAAUAUAGUUUAGAUUUUAGUAUAAUAAAUCCUUUGUGAUUCAUGCAAAUAUUUUGUUUUAUUUAUUUAUUUACUUUAUUCGAACGAAUGUAUAAAGUGAAUUAACAAUAAAAAUGUUAGUGUUGCCAA